AUGUCGGACAGCCCACCAGCUCUAGCGUCCUCACCAGCAUCUCCUGUGGCCGAUUCCAGCGAGUGGAUGCACGUUGGGCCAGAGAUGGGGGAGGCGGAGUAUGUUGUUGCCUUACAGAAGUUGGGCAUUCAAAUGGCUGCCAGCAUCCCACAGAAGCUCCAGGAACGGGCUGAUACACAGACCAAAAUGAAGAACACGGUGGGGAAGGUUCAGAAAUUGUGGAUGUGGCAGAAUUCACCAGAUGCUUCCAGAUCACCAUGGGUUCAGAAGAUCAAAGACUUCAUGGAGAAAGCCCAAGAUGACCCAACACCAGUGGGGAAGGGGGCAGAGCCGGACAGCGAUGUCAGCAGCAACAUCUGGGGUGACCAACAGCUUCAACUUGUUCUGGCUGAUGAUAUUGGCCUUGAAGGCGCAUCCAAGGAACCUGCAGCCAGCUGUGACCAGGGAGCAGAUGGUGCAGGCCAUGAGGGCGAGUCCCAUGAACCGGGAUCUAAGCACAUUGAGGCUGCCAAUGCCCUCUUCACUGAUGAGGAUCCUGAAGCUUUCAAGGAUGCCUUGAAUGAGAUCAAACCAGAACCUGUGGAUGUGGAGCCAGCUCAUGGCUCCAAGUCCAAGAAGCGUAAGUCCAAGUCCAAGUCCAAGUCCAAAUCCCGUACCAAGCGAGCUAAGGGGGGUCAUGAUACUUCUACAGAAGCUAGAGCUGGUUCUGUGGAUAGAGAACAGGUGCUGCAAUCGUUUGAUCAAAAGUACCAGGAUGUGAUCAAAAGUCUCCCACAUGUUCUGUGGCCAACGUCUACGAAGCAUGGUGAACACAGCUACACGGCGACCCUUAUCUUCCAACCCAAGAAUACUUUAUGA